AUGUUUCGAAUCCUUGAAUCACAAGCUCCGGCCAAACAGACGGCAACGGAAACAAUUGAUGUUUUGAGUAGCAGGCUGCAGAGCGCAACCUUGUUGGAGGACCGGCGCGCUGCCAUUCAGGGUCUCAGAAGCUUUGCAAAGCUCUUCCCAGCUUCAGUGGCUUCUGGAGGACUCCGGCCAUUGAUCGGCUGCUUGCACAAUGAUCGCGAGGAUGUGGACACUACGAAAGUGGUUCUGGAGACCUUGCUGAUGUUGUUCACGCCGGAUGAGACAAGUCCCGAGGCAUCAGAUGAAAUUGCGCUAUGGUUGGCAGAUGAAUUCACACAGCGACAAGACAACAUCACAAUCUUAUUGGACCUGCUCGAAACUCGAGAUUUCUAUUCACGACUUUACUCCCUCCAAUUGAUGUUCCAGAUAUGCAGUGCGCGUCCAGAACGAACGCAGGAAUGCAUCUUGACCGCGCCUCUGGGGAUUUCAAGGCUCGUGAACGUUUUGACAGACAACAGAGAGCCCGUAAGAAAUGAGGCCUUGAUUCUCAUGAUUGCCCUCACACCGUCCUCCGAGGAACUUCAAAAGCUCAUCGCAUUCGAGAAUGCCUUCGAGAUUAUUUUCUCGCUCAUUGAAGCAGAAGGCGCUUUGACUCUCGGUACUGAGGUGGUGGAAGACUGCCUCACUUUGCUUGCCCAUCUUCUCAAAUUCAAUGUAUCGAAUCAGUCCUUUUUCCGUGAGACUGGCUGCUCGAAAAACUUGACAAAACUACUUCAUGAGUGCCAGAUGGAGCCAGCUCAAGCUGAAGACUCUCCAGCGCAAUGGACUGCUCUGCACAGAGAUAAGAACGUGUGGGGAUUGCUCGCUAUCAUUCAAUUGUUUUUGGUCCGCGGCGGACUAGGAACAACCACAAAUCAAACGAUAUUUUGGCAGAACGGUGUAACAGAGCAAGUUCUGAGUAUUGCAUUUGGGCAGAAAUUCAGCGUGAAUGUCACAGCCAAGGCUCUAUCAACAUGCGCUGAUCUGAUUCGCGGCAACUCGCCCUUACAGGAGCGGUUUGGUGACAUUGAGGUGUCCUGGGGUUCGCACUUGCCAAGUGAUCAGGACUCGAAUGGUCAUGCAAAUGAGCCAGAACGUAUCAAUGUCAUUGAAGCCUUCUUGAAGCUCAGCCUUCAACCUUCACCAAACAGCAUGCUUGAUGCAAGACUUGCAGCAUGUGAAUGCAUGAAAGCGUUCUUCACCAAUCACCCAGGCAUUCGCAUGCAUGUACUCAGAAGGGCUAUCGAGGGCCACACCAGCGGACAUGAUAGGAUUCCAAACAUCCUCUCAGUGUUGCUCACUGCUCCGGAUGCCAGAGGAAAUGCCGAUCCUUAUCAAGUGUGGAUGGCAUCUGUGCUCUUAUUCCACCUGAUUUUCGAAAGUGCCGAGGCCAAAGCCGUCGCCAUGCAAGUCACGGAAGGCGACGCUGAGAGCGGCGAGGAAGUUGUCACCAGUGUCCAGUCUGUCGUGAGCAAUUUGAUUACUGGUUUGCAGCGUGGCGAUGAUGAGAGAAUUACCGUUGGCUACCUCAUGCUUUUAUGUGGCUGGCUAUUUGAAGACCCCGAUGUUGUCAAUGAUCUCUUAGUUGAAGGAAGCAGUAUUCAGACUCUUCUUCAGGAGAUUAAGCAUCAGCGGACGCCAAGCAGGCUGAUUCCUGGUCUUUGCUCAGUUUUGCUUGGUAUCGUCUACGAGUUCUCCACUAAAGAUUCCCCGAUUCCACGGGUUACCCUUCACAAGCUACUCCUCGACCAGCUUGGCCGGGAGCAAUAUAUCGAUAAAAUCACAAAGCUACGCGAAUGUCCUCUGGUUCGGGAUUUCGAAGUCUUGCCACAGACUGCUGCGGGCCAACUUGACGGACUGCCUGAGGUGUUCUUUGAUCGUUCAUUUGUUGAAUUUCUCAAAGAUAAUUUCAGUCGAUUGAUUCGAGCGAUAGAUCGCGAGCCUGGCUUCGAAGUGUCUGUUGUUGCCAAUGGAGUUGAGAAGGGGGUGUCAAGGGAAUUGGUGGACUCCUUGCGCGCCGAACUGGAAGAUCGAACUCAAACCAUCCAAAAGAUGGAGUCAGAUCUUGUCACUUUGCAACAAAAGCUCUCUCAAGAACAACAAGAUCAUAAGAAAACAAAAGAGACAGCAGCCCUGGACCUCUCUCGAACCCAGCAGGCACUCCAAUCUGCCGUUUCAUCUCACAAGCAGGAGUUGCUGAAGUUGGAAGAGCAGCAUAGAAUUUCGAAGAACGAUCUUCUUAAGCAACACGGAGAACAGCUACGAGCUAUUGACAGCCAGCUCAAACAAGCUUCGAGUGAUCAUGAGCGGAAAUGCACAAAAAUGCAAGAACACCAUAGGCAGGAAAUUGCGGGCUUGCAAAAAACCAUCCGAGACUUGGAAACAACAUUUUCAAACGCCCGGGAGCAGCACAUAUUUGAUCUCACUUCAUUGCAAAAGCGCGCCGAGGAACUGGAAGGGAUUAUCAGCCAGUCAAAGGAGUCGAACACUUAUCAAAUCACACAUCUCGAAGACAAGGUACGGCUGGCGGAAUCGGCACUUGCGUCGACAGAGCAUCGACAUGAGUCUGAAAUAGCCGGGUUCAAAACGAAUAUCGCGUCACUCGAGUCCGAGUUGACCGCUAUAAAGUCGCAGCACGAGUCCGAGGUUCUGGGCCUCAAGGAGACUCUUGCACAGGCUGAGAGUGAAAUUGAAAAUUUAAAGGCCAAGUCUGCCGGAGAUGUGUCCAAAGUCAAGAAAGAUUCAUUGUCAACGAUUUCAGCGUUGGAGGCUCGGGUCACAGCCGCAGAAAAGGCAGCAGAAGACGCCCAAUGUCAAGCAAAAGCUCAAGAGGAGUUGGGCAGAGACGCUGAGAUAGCUACUAAAGCCGCCUGGUCUAAGAUGUCGGCAUUGGAAGCACGUGCUCUCGAGGCUGAACGCAAAGCACAGGAAGCUGAAUCGCGAGCCGAGAAUGCAGCUAAAACUCUUCAAAAGAUACAAGCUCAGCUCGACAAGUCGCAGGCGGAUAUCAAAGACAAAGAAGAAGCUCGCCAAGCGACGCAAACAGAACUAGAUGACUUGCUGAUCGUGUUCGGAGAUUUGGAAGCGAAGAGAGCGGAAGACAAGAAACGACUCAAAGAUCUUGGCCAAGAAGUCUCGGAGGGAGAAGACGAGGACGACGAAGAGGAGGAAGACGAAGAAGAAGAAUAA